CUCUAACUCUUCCCUCCAUUGCUGAAAAAAACCUCAGCUUUUUCUUUAAUAGAUCUUCUCCUCUUCUUUAUUAAUUAUUCCUUUUAUAUUUUGAUAUACAUUAGUUGUUCCAUAAAUUUGAUAGUAGUAGAGGGAAUUAUUAUUAUUAUUAUUAUUAAUUAAUUAAUUAAUUAAGAUGAUGAAGAAUUACAACAAUGGAUUAUGCACAAAGAAAGGAGAGAUGAAGCAAGAGUUUUAUCAUGUAAUUCAUAAGCUUCCUCCUGGUGAUAGUCCCUAUGUUAGAGCCAAAUACGCACAGCUAGUAGAGAAAGAUCCAGAGGCUGCUGUAGUUCUAUUUUGGAAGGCAAUAAAUGCAGGAGAUAGAGUGGAUAGUGCCUUGAAAGAUAUGGCUGUGGUUUUGAAACAGCAAGAUCGGUCUGAAGAGGCUAUUGAAGCUAUAAAAUCGUUCAGAGAUCGAUGCUCCAAACAAGCACAAGAAUCAUUAGACAAUGUUCUCAUUGAUUUAUACAAGAAAUGUGGAAAAUUAGAGGAGCAGAUUGAACUGUUGAAGCAGAAGCUACGAAUGAUAUAUCAAGGAGAAGCAUUUAAUGGUAAACCUACUAAGACUGCUCGUUCCCAUGGAAGGAAGUUUCAAGUUACUAUCAAGCAAGAGACAUCCCGGAUACUGGGUAAUUUGGGUUGGGCAUAUAUGCAACAAACCAACUAUGCAGCUGCUGAAAUUGUUUAUCACAAAGCUCAGCAAAUUGACCCUGAUGCCAAUAAAGCCUGCAAUCUAUGUCUGUGCCUACUAAAACAAGCGCGAUAUAGUGAAGCAAGGUCGGUUCUUGAAGACGUUUUACAAGGUAAAGUCUAUGGCUCAGAAGAUCCUAAAUCAAAGAGUCGUGCAGAGGAACUAUUGAAAGAAUUGGAACAAUUUGGAUACACUUCCGCUUCUCCCCAAUUAAACUUAGAAGAUGCAUUUAUUGAGGGUCUUGACCAGUUGAUGAACGAGUGGACCCCAUUUCGAUCGAGGCGACUUCCCAUUUUUGAAGAAAUUUCACCAUGUAGAGAUCAAUUGGCUUGUUGAUCUCUUCAACAGUGACUUUAGUUGUUUUUUUCAUGUUUGAUUAGAGUCAUACUUGUUAAUGAAGAAUAGGCACUUUUAGUGUAUAUGUUUGUGUGUCAAAUGUGAGUACAUGCACACAUGUUUUUGUCAUAUAGUUGGUUUUGUACCAAUUUGAAUACCUGUCUUGCAUAAUUUUCCUUUGUGUUGUGAAGGGUGGAUACUGGUAUUCUUUUGAAGAGUAAUUAUACUCCUUGUAUAAUUGUUUCAUUUUCGGUUGUAACUAGUUGAAGGACCUCUUUUUGAUGAGUGUUUAUAGUCAA